UAGCCAGUCGGAGUGUAUUGGAGUGUCGCGGUCCUGUCCUCACCCUACCGCCUCCUCCUCCUGCCUGCCUGUCACAGGACAACAACCUUUCAUACAGAGUAGCAUCUCAGCGUCAACGGACGGCAGUCCCGCUCACACUGUCGGGGGGGAUACGGCUCGGUACAUAGCGGUCCAGGCUCAGUUACACACAGUGAGAUGCCAACAAAGUCGCGCUUCACCGACAGAGCUCGUCGUGGCUUUUGCUGUGAUUUUUGAAAGCAUCACGGUGGUCCUCCUGUUCAUUACGUUAGCCGGCUGGCGAGGUGUGAAAAGUCAGGGUCAUGACUGGCGCUGAGACUGAGGAUGAUAUUCCAUUAGGCGAGAGGAAGACUGUCACAGAUUUCUGCUAUCUCCUGGACAAGUCCAAACAACUCUUCAAUGGGCUAAGAGACCUUCCUCAGUAUGGACACAAGCAGUGGCAGUCCUACUUUGGACGGACUUUUGAUGUCUACACUAAGCUGUGGAAGUUUCAGCAGCAGCACAGGCAGGUUCUGGACAGUCGGUAUGGCUUGAAGCGAUGGCAGAUUGGGGAAGUCGCGUCCAAAAUUGGACAGCUUUACUACCACUACUACCUUCGUACCUCAGAAACAAGUUACCUGAAUGAGGCCUUUUCAUUCUACUCAGCCAUCCGUCAGCGCUCCUACUACUUUCAGGUCAACAAAGAGGACAGGCCAGAAUUAGUAGUGAAGAAGCUUCGAUAUUAUGCUCGCUACAUAGUCGUCUGUUUACUGCUCAACAAGAUGGACCUAGUCAAAGUUUUGGUGAAGGAGUUAUCUGAGGAGAUUGAAGAUUACACACAGCGAUUCAACACAGAGGACCAGUUGGAAUGGAAUCUGGUUCUACAGGAGGUGGCAGCUUUUGUAGAGGCAGAUCCAGUGGUCGUUCUGAAUGACAACAACUCUGUGGUCGUCACCAGCAAUCGGCUGCAGGAGGGAAGUGUGCCUCCACUGGAACAAGGCAUGGUGGUUGGGCAGCUCGUCCUUGCAGAUGCACUAAUCAUCGGCAACUGUAACAACCAGGUGAAGUUUAGCGAGUUAACCAUCGAUAUGUUCCGCAUGCUUCAAGCUUUGGAGAGGGAACCUGUAAACCUGGCCACACAGACUUCGAAACAAGGAACGCUGGAGCCCAGUGAGAAGCCAGCUAAAAGAGAAAACCCUCACAAAUAUUUGCUGUACAAGCCAACAUUCAGCCAGCUUUUUACUUUCUUGUCUGCCUCUUUUAAGGAAUUGCCUGCCAACAGCGUCUUGCUAGUGUACCUGUCAGCUACUGGAGUCUUCCCUACUGGGCAUUCAGAUUAUGAAGGGCCUUAUGAUUUUGGAGGAGUUCUCACUAAUACAAAUCGAGACGUGGUGAAUGGAGAGACGGUGCAGAAGAGGAACCAGGCCCAGAAAGAAAUGCACUGCCUUCAUCCAGGGGAUUUAUUCCCUUUCACCCGGAAGCCACUUUUUGUCAUUGUGGAUUCUUCAAACAGCACAGCCUACAAGAAUUUCACAAAUCUGUUUGGCCAGCCUCUGGUGUGCCUGCUAUCACCUACAGUAUAUCCCAAGAGUGUACAAGAUCAGUCUCAGCGUGGGAGUCUCUUCACUCUGUUCCUCUACAGCCCACUCUUGGCUUUCUCCUCGGUGUGCGGCUUGAACAGCGUGCGACGAGGACUGUGGGAGAGGGCUCAAGAAUUCCUUCGUAAAGUCUAUCGUGACAUUGGACAGAUGAUAACUCGGUCACGGAACAUAGAUCAAGCCUUUUUACAAUUCUUUGGUGACGAGUUCCUCCGGCUGCUGCUCAUCCGCUUUGUGUUCUGCUCAGCUGCACUCAGACUGCAUAAACUCUUUCGGGAGUCCCGGAGCUUCCCAGAGUCGUACCCUGAGCUCCCCAAACAGGACACGGUGGAGAGCAGCCUUCUACAGAAGCAUAUACUGGACCUGGCGACCAUGCUGGAAGUGCAGAGCCUAUUUUGGGAUGAUUCAUUGGAAGCCUACUAACAUCUUGGCACAGGGCUGAAUGGCAUCCGUGUACAUACAGACUCAACUGCCAGAGCCCUCACAGUUGUCACUCUGUUUUUUAAAGGUAACGAAAUAACUGAUUCAGCACAUACAAGUUCAUGUCCUGCAUUAACUGUUACUCGUGGAAGCAAAUGUAGUGCGACAUCAAAAUGUUCACAUACAUAAGCAAGAGAGUUUAACAUUGUGUAAAUUCCCCAUAUUAAGUGUCAGCAGCUUGUCUCAUGAAUAUAAGCAUCAUGUAAGACAUAAAAGAAAACAAACAAGUGAGAGGCUGCAAAUAACGUUUUAACUCAACUUUCCCAUCCAAAUAUAAGGUUCAAAACUUUAUUCCUCAUGUCAGAUAAUUGUAAAGAAGUCGGCAGUCUUGGUUUUGUGUUUUUGAAUAAUAGUUUUCAUUGUUUAUUAAAAAUGAAGGUUGUGUUAGCCUAAGGGAUAGAGAAUGGAAGAGUCCUGGGCAGCUUCCAGGUGUGACGUUAUCUAUCUGUAUGAAGGCAGAGUGGGUUGGUGCUGAGCGGAAACACACUCCUGAAUCUUAAAAACAAAUAUAGUGUUAGCACAUUAUGCACACACUGAGUUGAAAUUUGAAAGAUUUCACCAAAAACAUUGCUAAUGUUGUGGAUUUUUGUGUUUGCCAAACAGUGCUCACUGUAUAACAGCUUAACUUGUAGCAGGCUGAGGUGCAUGAGGUCAUGUUCUGUUGUGUGUUGUAGAGGUAUCACUCUCCUUCAUGACAUAAACCAGCAAUCUAAAUGAUACCUUUAACUGUCCAUUGUUUGGGCCUUGUGCAUUUUGAAAGUGGUAGUUGUUCCUUUUCCAUAUCACUGUGCUGUAUUUGCAUGCAAAAAGGCAAAGAAAUGUAUCCAUUUUAUUCUUUUGUCCACAAAGAAUGGUCUCCACCUUUUUAAGGAAUUCAGUUGGGAAGUAAAUGGAACUAAUGCAUGUGUUGCAUGGGCCUGUACAUUUGUUGUUGACUCAACAAAUGAAGACAAUCUAGUUUGAUAACAGAGGAGGUGAAAGAGUGUAAAGAUAAGAUGGCAUGUACAGCAACGGUUUGUUACUAGCCAAAAGACCACAGUCGUGUUACUUGAUGCCAUGUUUCUGCCAUUGACCCACUGCUUCGAGCUUACAGAUGAGGCCACCUUUGUCUCUGUUAGUGGAAAACUGUCAAACUGUUGUGAAAAAAGAUGAAGCUUGGGGCUGAGGAGGGAUGAAAAAGCAAAUUGAUACACAUGCCCCCGUGUGGCUCUGAGGGUCCAGCCGACACAUGCAUGAACAGGUUUGUGUGUGCAGACACUCAGUGUAGUACAAACAGACACAAACACUUAUCCCAACCAGCAGGCUUGAAGAAAAAAAACAAAACACAUGUGAUUAUAGCGUUAUAAAGCUUUUAGUGGCUGGACCCAACUGGAAAAGGCAAUGUUGUGUCUCUGCUGACAUUUAAAAGCUGUAAAAAGUCUAAACUAAAGGUUACCACAACAUCUCCACCAUCUGCUGCUUUUUUUAAUCAAAUGGAACUCGCACUCCAAUUUAGGUGGGUUUCUCUGCAUUUGCUGCUAUGUAACAAGCAGAAAAAAGUAAAAAAAAAAAACAACCAUCCAAUCCUCAAUGAUAAAACUUAAAUGAGCUUCUGGAUUUGAAUACAAUGCAAAUAAUAUAGAAUAAUAUAAAAAGGCUUGGAAUGGGUUCAAAAGCAUUUUAUGGAAUAUGAAGUUCCAGUUCCGAAAUUAGCAUUUUUCUCAAGGUAAUGCAUGUGACUAAUUAUCGUUUAAAGGAACCAUUGUAACCGUCACUUUCAUCCCACUAACAGAGGGGCUCAAAGGUGGCAGUGUCUGUAAGCUGGACUAUGUCAAUACUGUGAAUAAAACAGAUAUUUCAGGUACUGCAGUGACAAAAUUUCAAGGAAACUGUUCAUUUGCUGAAAAGUAAACUCCUAAAAAACAUGAUACCUGCUCAAGCAGUUGGUUUGAGAUGAGGCAUAUCCACAACAUAAUGAGCAAAGGUACAAAAUUUGCUUGCCAUUCCUAGAUCAAAAUGUUAGUUUGCGCACUAGACAUCUCAUAAGUGAAUAGGCAGAGUGCCAUGAAAUGUCCUCGUGUAAAGGUUAAGGCUGUGGUUGUUAUUUAUUUUUUGUAUUAUUUAAUCCAUUAGUCCAUGGCUUGAUUGAUACCCGCCUGUCAGUUGAGCACAUUGGUUCCUAUUGACCACAUUAAUCUUUAAAAAAUAAUAGAUAUAGCAAACCAGACUCAAACAGGAGGAAAUGGUGUACUUGUUAUGGACUAUUUUCAGCAGCGGAUUAAUCCUCAUUUGGUCCCUUUUAGAGUUAUUUGAGGCAGCGGGACAGUGUGUGUGGGACUGAGUCAAAAUUAUAACUGUUGGUAGGUCACAUAAAGUGACAGUUUGGGACUUUUCAUUUGUGGAUAAUUACAAAAAAAUCUAUGAUAUCACCAGCCUUAUCCUUUUAUCAAUUUAAAAAUUGUUGUUUUUCUGCACAUUUAUGCUUGGAUAGAAUAUAUUUCUGUCCAGGCUGCUAGUUUAGCUUCAGGCCUUUAUAUUUUGUUUGGAGACGAUAAUUGGUUUUGAAUCUCCACAUUUUAACAUACCCCAAAGUAGGAAUCAGGCUGAAGGCAGGCACUGUAACAAGAGCGUGUCGGUUGUUGCCGCUGGUGAUUUGUUUCUGGCACCAGCAGGGGGAGUGAUUGAACAGGCCACUGAUGCCAUGCUGAUACUGAAACCAGCUGACCGUUAACUGCCCUUGACCAAAAUGUUCAAAUGAUGCUCCGAUGUUAGAAGUUGCCAAUGCCUGGCUGGUAGGGAUUAAGAUUUUUGAACUGACGAAAAUCAAAAGAAGAACACGAUUUUUAGUGUUUGUAAUAUUUAUUGACAUUGUUAGAGUAUGUGUACAGAUAAUGUAAAGCAAUGUUUUGGCACAGAUGUGUUUGUUCAGUAUUUAGUAUGUCUAUAGAAUGUGUAAUGAAACAUGAAGUUGAAAUUAAGGAGGAGUGAAAUAUUCAUGUGGCCGGUUUGUUCUUUGGCCAUUUUUUAAAGAUAUUACAUUCCAACUUUCCCAGUACUUGAAGAGAGGCAGAGGAAAACUACCACUGUUUUCUCCAUUUUACAUUUGUCUGGGAAAGUAAGCAGUUUAUACAUUUUCUUCAAUUUUCAUUGUAAUAUCAAGCUCCAUGUUCCCUUGUGUUGACAGUUAUGACGAUUAAGAUAUUGUAGGCUUGCACUUUACCAAGUUUGAUAUUGUUAUGAUCUUGUUUGUUGUGUUGCUUUUGGGGAAAAAAAAGAGAAAAAUCCCUCCAUGUGAUUGCUUUUCAUGCCAGCCCUUCACACUUGUGAGCUGCUUUUAUACAAAGAGUAAAAGUUGUGUGAGUCAGUGAUUUCAAACAUUUUACUGUUGGAACUUUCCAUCUGCUGUCACUUUUUUAACAGCUCCUGCCUGAAAUGUGUCAAACAUGUCGGCUUGUUUCUACAGUGACUUUACAAUUAGAAAACCCUUGUGUUUUACAGCCAGUGGUGCUCUAAUACAGUUUUGUUGGUGGGGAUUAAUGCCAAUCAUGACUUCAAAAAAAAUGACAUGUUUGGGCAUCAAUCAGGACAGGAGAAGAAAUGUGUUCAUUUAAAUUGUCAAAUAUUGCAUGUUGACAGGUUUGUAUGUCUCAAACUAUCAAAAAAAAGUUUAUAUGUUAUUCUACGGCGUGUUUCCUGAACUCAAGUCCAUGAAAAUAGCAAAUAUUUUGACCUGGUGGCACUAAAUAAUCGUUAUUUAAUGGAAACGAACCAAAACAAUUAAGUGACACUGUACUCUGAUCAUAGCUAUAACUAUAAAGAGAAACAAAUAAACGAAAUAACUUUUAGCUUCUGUUAUGAAUGUUUGCUGUAGUGAUGUCUUCUGUGCUUCAUAUUUAAAACAAAAUCAUAAACACAGCCAAUUAAUUUAUUAUGUAGCACUAAAAAGUCUGAAUUUGAAUUUGCUUGUAUCCUUUCACAGGCUAAUGCUAAUCGAAACAGGAUUAUGCAUCAUAUGAGUGUCAAUAUUUUGUUUUUUUGGUUUGUUUUAUUCAUUUAUUUUUUUUCAUGUUUUCCUUUCCACAGAAGCUACCUAGCAGCAUGGUGCAUUAGCGUCAAUGGAUUCUGCAUGAUGAAAAUGUAAUUUCCUGCUUCACAUAAAAUGAUGGGUGUAUCAGAGUAGGUUGUUACAGAACCGCCCAUGUCCUUUUUUUUUUUCUUUUUUUUUUUUGAGUGAUCUGAGUGAUGUAUCUUACGUGCACAAGACAGAACAAGGGGGGAAAAAAACUUGACAUGAACAAGACGUUCAGAUCGUGUGGAGAGCAUAUUUAAAAAAGGUGAUGACUUGUGUGAUUCAAAUUGUGCAAACAGAACAAUUUGUCUAAAAUAUGUCUCAACAUAACUGCUAUGAAGAAAAUAGCAUGUGCAAACCAUUUGUGCGAACAAAACUGGGAGUAUGAACAAGACAGUGCAAAUGAGAUACUGACCUGUGUAAACAAGACAUUUACAAGAUAUUGAUUUUUACAAACAAGAGAACUAAUAAAAGCUUAGGUAAACAAAAUAUAAAUGUAUGGGUGUGAAAUAUUAACAACAUAUUGACUCGUGCCAGCUAGUUAUCAAUUUUGUGCAAAGAAGGUAUUAACAAGAGACGGUAUAUCCCUGUACGAGCAGGAUAUUCAUUUUGUGGGAAGGAGACAUUUACAAGAUAUUAACUUGUGCAAAAAAAAAAAAAAAACAUUAAUAAUUUUGCUAACAAGAUGAUUAACAGGAUUAUGUAUACAAAUAAGAUGAUUACAAGAUAUUAACUUUCACCAACAAGAUGAUAGCUUGUGCACCCAAAAGAAUAAUUAGUGCUCGCCUCCUUUUUGAUAGUAUCAGAAGUUAGAGUAGGUGGCUGAUAUAACAUCAUGCAGAGUUCACUACUCUCACUGGGAUUUUAAAGCCUUAUGCAAACUGGACACUGUGACAAAACCAAGCAACAUGAGGCUUUCCUCCCUCUGCUGCCAUUGUCUUUACCUACAAUGAAAUCUUUGUUCAAUGUUCGAGGAUAUCUGAAGUGAUUCAUGUGCUGUGACUUGAUUUAGCCUUAUUGAGUAAAUGUUUCACUCUGAUUUAAAGCCUUUUUUUUUAUAUGACAAUAUACCCAUUUUUUUCAUCCCUGGGCCCAUGUUGGGGUGUAUUGUCUUUUUCUUAUUCCUAUGCAUUCCCAUGAAAGUACUCCCAAGUACUGUGUUUAUUCAUACAUUUAUAACUUUUUUUUUUUAUUAGGGGCAUAGAGCUACUAUAGCUAUUAUUUAGUUGUACAGUCUUGGUUGUAUAACAAUCGCUUAAAUUGAAUCUUGAAUAGUUUCCUUGCAGAAAAUGUCUCAGCUACAUAUAACAUUCUCGCUGGAAAGCUGCUUUUUGUUGAUGUCCCUCAAAAUGAGCGGUUCAUUGUCUAAGGCUGCCACUAUGCACUUUUUUUCAAACAUUCAUUCCAAGAAAAUGCGUCGAAGAAGAAAAAGAGAAACUAGCAACGUGGAGGAUUAGAAGGUUGGUUGUAGGGGAGUGAUCUAGUGAGACCAAAUCAGUGCUCGCCCUGCAUAACCAGCAUUAGAAUCCACUGGAGCACAAGAAAUCAACUUGUUUUUGAAAUGACAAGCACAAGAGCCACUGCUCCGUAUGGACCUGCACCCAUGGAGAGGCAUGUCCACAUCUCUUGGAAACACAUUGCAAAUAACUGCCGUCUGAUCAAUCCUGUUUUCUCCCGCAGAUACGCAGGGGUCAUUUCUAACUUUUUUAUACGUGUAAAAAUGGCAAAAAGAUGGUUGCAGCAUUCCUUUAUAGCAACAUGUGUGACUUGCUUCUUGUGGUUUUCAGUCAGUGUCAAACUGUCAAAUGUGUUUUCCAAAAUUCCACUUAAAAAAAAAAAAA